AUGAAUUUAGCAUUUUCUAACAUUUUAUUGGCUAAUCUACAUCUUGACGGUCAAUUUUUAAGAAGCGAUAUUAAUACAAAGAGGUCAAAACUUCAUGUCACAGAUUCACAUUUCAAUAAAAUCACGAAUUCAAUAUUUUCAUCUUCAUCUAAUGCAAAAAACUAUAUAGCAGACUCUGAAUUCAGUAACAUUCUUGGUGGUGCUAUUAGAAUCAAUUACGCUUUUGGCAUUAAUGAUAAAAUUUACAAAGAUCGUCAAACAUGGUAUGAAGCGACAUAUUUCAUCAGUAGAGUUAAAUUUCUUAAUUGCAAAACAAAUGAUCUUGGCGGUGGUCUCGAGUCUAACCGCGCAAACUUCUCUGCCCAAGAUUUAUUAUUUGAAAAAUGCUCAGCCCAAAUGGGAGGUGGUGCCCAUAUCUUGAGAUCUUGGGAAUGCAACUUUACCCGACUUUGUAUUGCCGAUAACAGGGCAGAAUAUGCAGCAGGAAUGCAUUACGAUUCAAUGAACGAACAAAACACAACAGAAUUUACAGAUAUAAACGUUACAAGUAAUGUGGCCACGAAAUGGACUGGUGGCCUUCGAAUUGACCACGGAGGUGGAAAACUUAAGAGAUUAUUUUUCCACAAGAACAAUGCAUUAGUUGCUUCCGGUUACAUGGACUAUGCUUGGUACCCGACGCACAAGUUUUUCAGCCAAGUUGUUGCAAUUAAUAAUUCAUGUGUCUCUAGAGGUGCCGGAAUGACGUUUUUCCAUAUUAAACAUAGAGCUUCAGUUGCAAAUAGCGUUUUCAUCCAGAAUCGUUGCGAAAAAUCUGCACAUGGAAUUUCUGUCGAAAAUGUUGACGGAAUUUUGACGAUUUCUAAUUGUUAUUUUGAUGGACCACAAAAUGAACAGAUUUAUCCUCGUUACAAUGAAACAAUCAUUAAAUUUGUCGGAAAUGAAAACAAAUUUGAUGUAAAAUCAGAUGAAAUCAUCGCAUUCAAAGACCUUCAAAUGGCCGAAUUCAAGAAUGCCUUUUAUGAUGCUCAGUAA